ACUUGGAUGCCUGUAUAUCUUUGAUGACCUUUCCUUGAUACCAUUAAUCGAACAUAUCAAUAUCCGAACAUAUUUGCGAGCAAGAGACUGGUAGCUCAUACUCAACCACAGUACCCCCACCUCUAAGCACCAGUACACCCUUGUCUCAAACAUACCACGAUAGAGACUUGAAGUUCCCGAGCCGCUACGAUGUGUAUUGCAUUAAUAUCUACAGCCCAUCCGUCUUAUUCGCUUAUUGUUAUCGACAAUAGGGAUGAAUACCUCCGUCGACCAACCGCCCCGGCUGAUUGGUGGCCCGAACCACAUUCCAAUAUACUAGGCGGCCGGGACCUGGCACGAGCUACACAAGGAACAUGGAUGGGCAUUACGAAGGAGGGAAAGAUUGCCGUUUUAACGAACUAUCGUGAAGAUACGUCCGAGAAGGCGACCGGCAACCAAAGUCGAGGUGCUAUUGUCAACGGCUGGCUUACGGUCGCCCCUGAGCCUAGAGAAUCCACUCGAGACUUUGCGCAGAGGAUGGUAGCAAGUGCCACAGCGAAAAACGUCGGAGGGUUUAGUCUGGUGUGCGGCUAUGUUAAUGAGCCACUGGCUGUGAUCUCCAACCGCUCAUCUAAUAUAGAUCAGGUCACCUGGCUGGCGACAGAAAAGGGCCAAACGGUGGGACUAAGCAACACACAUUUUGAUGACCGCUCCUGGCCAAAGAUCAUCGAUGGCGAGAAGCUGAUGAUUGAAGCUAUCCAAGCACACGUUGGGGCUGGCGAGGAUGAAGAUGGACUUAUUGAAAGACUACUUGGGUUAUUGAGCAGGAAUACGCUCCCUAACCUUUCCGACGGCGCAACUGCAGAAGACUAUCUCCCGUACUUUAGGAAGAGUAUUUUCAUCCCCAAGCUUGGGGCUAAAGAGGUACCGGCGAGGCCAUCUGAUGGAGUAGCCGCGCCUUGUGCUGAGGAGAAAGCGACUGGUGCCAAACAGGGCGAUGAGCUGGACCAGUCAUAUUUGCAUGGUACGUACGGUACCCAGAAGCAAACCGUUAUCCUUGUAAGUAAAGAUGGACGGGUGAGGUACUUUGAACGCACUCUUUAUGAUAAUGAGGUGAACGCUAUUCCGCUUGGCAACGGAGACCGAUCAUACGAGUUCCAAGUAACCCAAUAAUGAGAUCAACGGCCUAUCUUGGCUGUCCUGCUCUUUCUCGGUCGUGAUGAUUGUUUCUUGUAUAUAGCCAAAUUGACAUGAUGCCCACUUUUACUCUGAUUUGCAGUCGGGCAUCUCAUCCCUUUUUCACGCUAGCCAUUUUACCGUGGAGUUGUCAUUGCAGCCGUACUAGUAAUACUACCAAUAGUGGCCAUAGGAGGAGUGUUGUCAAUAUUAAGCACUACUAUUACUAUCCACCCAAAUGCAAGGGGAGUCCCCCGUUGCACGUGGUUUGCCUUGACUCAUGCCAGAUCAGGUGCAUGUCCAG